AGCCCCGCCCAGGCCACGCCCCACCGCGCUCUUGGCCCCGCCACCCAGAAACUGCCCCGGCCGCCGCACGCUCCGCCCAUCCCGCCCUGGGAACGCGUGCGGGCCGCUACACUGCAGCCGCUUCCUUUGCUACGUCAGGUCCAGUCGGUCUUCCUGCGGCCGGGGCCCUGGCUGAGCUAGCCGGCCAUGGAGGGUAAUGGCCCCGCUGCCGCCCAGUACCAGCCGGCCAGCCCCCCGCGGGACGCCUGUGUCUACAGCAGCUGCUACUGUGAAGAAAAUAUUUGGAAGCUCUGUGAAUACAUCAAAAACCAUGACCAGUAUCCUUUAGAAGAAUGUUAUGCUGUCUUCAUAUCUAACGAGAGGAAGAUGAUACCUAUCUGGAAGCAACAAGCCAGACCUGGAGAUGGACCUGUGAUCUGGGAUUACCAUGUCAUUUUGCUUCAUGUUUCAAGUGGAGGACAGAGCUUCAUUUAUGACCUCGAUACUGUCUUGCCGUUUCCCUGCCCCUUUGACACUUAUGUAGAAGAUGCCUUUAAGUCUGAUGAAGACAUUCAUCCACAGUUUAGGAGGAAAUUUAGAGUGAUCCGUGCAGAUUCAUAUUUGAAGAACUUUGCUUCUGACCGAUCUCACAUGAAAGACUCCAGUGGGAACUGGAGAGAGCCUCCUCCACCAUAUCCCUGCAUUGAGACUGGAGAUUCCAAAAUGAACCUGAAUGAUUUCAUCAGUAUGGAUCCCGAGGUAGGAUGGGGCACUGUCUACACACUUUCUGAAUUUACACAUUGGUUUGGCAGUAAAAACUGCUGAAGUUGGCCUCACGAUGUGGAACUGUGGAGAAGUUCUAUGACAUGAACCUGCUAUUCCUCCAUCGAGGACAGCAAACACUAGGGUAGCGUUGGCUUGGAAUUAUGUCUUUCUUUUUUUAAUUUGAUUGAGUGGAAACCUGAGUGAAUACAAAUAUAAA